UGGUAACAGGGGGAGCGGGUUGCAGUGAAGACCCUCCCCCGGCUCCUAGGUUCAGACCCACCUCCGGCCCGGCUGGGCCAAUCUGGCGCCUCUGCGAUCACUAUUUAGGGGACGGGAAUUUGAAAUGCGAGUCGGGAGGUGGAGAGUGAUACAAGAUGGAGGUCACCACGCGGACCCUUCAGCCAGAGAAGGAGGAAGGAACGAGAAGCAGUAGACCGGAGACCCCUCUGCAAGCCGUGGCGAGAAUACACGCUGUGCCCCUGAAACCUAUGGAGAUUCGUGGCAAGACUGAGAGCCACCAACAGCUCCGUGUGGGUGAGCCCGGACGGGCGGGGGACUGUGUGGGGAGAUGGCCAUGGCCCAGGCCGUGCUGGAGAGCCUGCGUGCCGCAGAGCAGCCCCACACGAGAGGCAGAGAGGAGCUGCAGCCUUUGGAAUAAGUGGGCAUCGGAGCAGCCCGUGCAAGUCUGCCAUGCUUAGUUCUAAAGCUUCUGAAGUGGUAAUCCUGGAGCGCUGCUGGGUUGUGGAGUUCAGGAUUAAAACAGAUGUUUCAAUAGUUCUCAAGUUUCAGAGCGGAGAACCGGAUCUUUACCUUGAAGCUGCAUCAAAGCCAGAUUGCGAAUCUUGGGCUGUAGCACUGGGAGAGGCAAACUCGGAAGGUUUGCGGAAUAAAAUUCAGCAACUCCGGAGGUUGAUCAUGGAAAUCAAAGAGGAGAGGUCGUCAGAUGAAGCACAGCAGUUUCUCCCUUCAUCCCACAUCGACAGUCUAGGAGAGCCACAGUUUACAAGUAUUCAGAGAAUUGCAAAUGAGCCAAAGCUGGAGUUCAGUCUUGCAUGCAAGGAUCUAGUGGCUGCUACACGUGAUCGGAAGCUGAAUACAUUUAUACAAGUCUCAGUGGUCCAUCCAGCAGAGCACAUUUUGACGAGAUAUUCAAGCACUGAAAUCGUGGAGGGCACAAGAGAUCCACUGUUUUUGACUGGUGUGACUUUCCCACCGGAAUACCCCAUCUAUGAGGAGACUAAAAUAAAACUAACAGUUUAUGAUGUCAAAGAUAAAUCUCAAGACACAGUCCGCACCACUGUCCUACCUGAUCACAAGGAGCAAAGAGCUGAUGUUGGACGAAGCUUCCUGGGCUGCACAACUUUUAGAGUAGGAGACUUGGUAAAGUCAAAGGAGCAACAGCUGACCCUUACCCUCAGGACUUCUGAUGGUGGAAAGACAGUUGGAAGCAUUGAAGUCAAUCUUGUGAAGAUGGGAGAGCUAGAUGAUGGGGAAAUGGACCACAACACAUCAGAAGCCCAGGAUCAAAAGCGUGCAUUGGUUCGUGAAUGUACAGCCACUGAAGGUAUAAGUGGUAAAGACAACUUGCCUUCAUUAAAUGCAGUGUUAAAAAACCCAAUCUGUAAGUUAUAUAGAUUCCCAACUUCUGACAACAAGUGGAUGCGGAUCCGGGAACAGAUGGCUGAGACCACCCUCUCUUUCCAUGUUCCUAAAGAACUAAUCAAUCUGCACAUAAAGGAGGAUAUGAGAAGGAAUCAGGAACUUAAAGACUUGGGAGAACUUAAUCCUCACUGGGACAAUAUGCGCAAAAGUGUUAUUGCUCAUUGUGAUCAGAUGUUGAGCAUAUACCAGGAUACUCUUGCAGAGCUUGGAAAGCAUACAGGUUCGUCUUUCAAAUCAAGCUGUAGCAAAGGAGAAAAAACAUUAGAAUUCAUUCCAAUAAAUCUUCAUCUGCAAAGAAUGCACGUGCAUAGUCCUCGAUUGAAAGAUGCUCUGUAUGAUGUCAUCACUGUGGGAGCCCCAGCAGCACAUUUCCAAGGAUUUAAGAAUGGUGGUCUCCGAAAACUACUGAGUAAAUUUGAGGCAGAAAGACGAAAUACUGGAUACCAGUGUAUUUAUUAUUCACCUGAAAACACAGCCAAGGCAAAAGAAGUUCUUAGCAACAUCAAUCAUCUACAACCUCUCAUAUCAAGCCAUGCAGACCUGCUGCUUAAUUCUGCAAGCCAGCACUCUCCAGACAGCUUGAAGAAUUCUUUAAAGAUGCUUUCAGAAAAAACAGAGUUAUUUGUUCAUGCAUUUAAGGAUCAGCUGGUCAGAAGUGCCCUUUUAGCACUAUACACAGCCCGACCUGGCUGUGUCCUCAAGACACCAGCUGUGCCUAGAAACAAUGCAGAAGAAGGAGGGGAUGUACAACAUCAGGAUCAUCCUUCUCAGAUUAAACGACAGGACUCUAUACCCCAUCAUUCUGAGUAUGAUGAGGAAGAGUGGGACAGAGUGUGGGCCAAGGUGGGAAAGAGUUUAAACUGCCUUAUUGCCAUGGUGGACAAACUGCUUGAAAAAGACAACAUCAGCAACACUGAAGAGGGUGAAAGUGACCCUUCAGCAGCAGACUGCAAGGUGUUGCAUACGGGAGGUGAUUGGUAUGAACAGCUUUAUCCCCUGGUGAUUACGCUGAAGGACUGCAUGGGAGAGGUGGUGACCAGGGCAAAGCAAUCAAUGGCAUUUGUUCUGCUCCAGGAACUUGCUUGUGGCUUGCCACAGUGUUUGAUGCUGACCUUAAGAAGAGACAUCGUCUUUAGUCAAGCACUCGCUGGAUUAGUCUGUGGGUUUAUAAUCAAAUUGCACACAGGUUUAUAUGAUCAAGGAUUUUUGCAACAGCUUCAUACUGUUGGAUUGCUUGUGCAAUAUGAAGGACUCCUUAGUACAUAUAGUGAAGAAGCAGGAAUGCUAGAAGACAUGGCUGUAGGAAUUUCAGAUUUGCAGAAAGUAAUGUUUAAAGUCAUUGAAGCCAAAUCAGAAGAUUUUUUGCCAAUUAUAACUGGAAGGCGUGAACAUUACAUUAUAGAGGUCCAGCUUCCAGCAAAGAUGUUUGAGUUGCUGCCACAAGAGAUUAAAGAAGGAAAGCUUCUUCGCAUGUAUCCAGUACUCUUUAAUAUUGGAAUCAAUGAACAGCAAACACUUGCAGAGAGAUUUGGAGAUACCACUUUGCAGGAAAAUAUUAACCAGGAAAACUUAGAACUUCUAAAAGAAUAUUACAAGCUGUUUACGGAAAAAAUGCCUCCUGAUUGUCUACCACAUUUUCAAGAACAAAAUGAUUUAAAAGGAUUGCUAGAAAAUCUCCAUCAAAACAUCCAGGCCAAAAAGAGAAAGAAUGUAGAAAUCAUGUGGCUGGCUGCAACGAUUUGCCGGAAGUUGAAUGGAGUCCGUUUCACCUGUUGCAAAAGUGCCAAAGAUCGGACAUCCAUGUCGGUGACACUGGAGCAGUGCUCCAUCUUGAGGGAUGAGCAUCAGCUUCACAAAGAUUUCUUUAUUCGGGCACUGGAUUGUAUGAGAAGAGAAGGAUGCCGCAUAGAGAAUGUACUGAAGAAUAUCAAAUGCAGAAAGUAUGCAUUCAACAUGAUACAGCUGAUGGCUUUCCCAAAGUACUACAGACCUCCAGAAGGGACAUAUGGAAAAGCUGACACCUAAGUUUAACAAAAGCGUAAUCAGGAACAUACAUCACGCUAAUUAGUGAAUAUAAAAAUCGCUGUUUAUGACUUAUUAAUUGGGAAUGUGUAACCAGUUGAGGUGUUAUUUUUUUCAGGUUUGAUCAUUUUACAUUAAAAAAACUCCAGUUAGUCGUUCUGAAAUAAAAUAUCAAGAAAAAGCAAUGGACUGAAUAUUUUUAAAACCAAAUACAUUCAACUUUUCUUUGUAAAGCUGAAGCUUAGUAUGACUCAUCAGCCAGCUGGAAUUAGUUUCUUGGGUUAUUUGAGCGAAGAUUAAAAAGGAAAAUAUUAUUUGCUGUAGAAACUGAGGUUAGCAAUCUGGAAGGUGACAUGCUGACUCCAAACCAAAACCUGAGAUUUAAGAGGUUUCUUGCAGCUGGAAAUAGUGUUUUCUGUAGCCAGUGUAGCACUGAGGUCUUAAACACUAAUGAUUAAAUACUUCACAAAAUUGUUUAUGAACCAUGCUAAUGUUAAUAUCUGGGCUAAAUAUACGUUUUGUAAUUACAUUUAUCUUCUUACGCAUGGUAACUUCAUAAUAUGUUUUUAGUAAUUACAGCCUGUAAUUUCAGUAAUUCCGUUCUGAUUCCUUGCAGUUCAUUUGGAUGUAUCACUCUUGGUUUUCUGUGCCACAGCCAAAUACUUAUUUCACUUUCACAUAAAUCACAUUUAAAUCAGGUGAAUUAAUUCUUUGAAUAAGGUGGCCUGAAUGUGACCUGUCAUGUUCCCAUUUACUGUAAACCCUUCAAAGUAAAUUUUCUUUUGUGAUAAGGAAGAUGAGUUGUACAUACAGGAGUUAAUGUAUAUUUAGGCUAUAAAAACAUGUAUGUUUUUACAGAGCCUGCAAUAAAUGUUACAGUUAUGAGGAGCCUGCUGUAUUAAGACUAGGUAGCCACUGCAGCAGAUUUAUAUUAAAUUUGCAAUGGUGCAUAUAGACCCUGUAGGAUGAAGAAGUAUCAGGUUUUGAAAUGAAUGUUAAUGUUUCUGCCAACUUGUGUUAGUCCUGAAAUUUGUCUUGGAAACAUUUGUGUUUUCUAAUUGUACCUAUUUAUUGCUGCCUUCUGCCUCCUAGAGAGAACUACAAUUCACUGGUUACAGACCUUUAUGUAAUGCAUUCAAUUUGAGAAAAAAAUAUCUAGAGCAGAAGUGUGAGAAUUUUAUCCUAGUAAAACUGUACUGGGAAUUUGAGCAUCUGUAGGAAAUUGUAAUUGCCAUGGAUAAAGAAGUUCAUGUUUGCUUGGUCCUAUGGAAGUCAAAGAAAUCUUUCUACACAGUGAGUGAUACAAAAAUUGUUCUUUUAAUCCAUUAAUGCCCAUUACUGCGUAUAAAUCUGUAACUCUGCUAGUAAAAAUACAUAUGUAAGAGCCUGAUUCUGCAAAUACUAAUUGAGGGGUUAUACGGAAAUGAUCUGUCAUGUGAAUAAAAUUAAACCUGUCUUGUAUAUUUGCAAGAUUAGGCUUUGAGGCUUUGAGGAAGGGAUCAUUGUUUGCUUCAGUAAAGCAAGGAAUUUACCUAUAUAGUGAAUUUACCUAACUAGUGGGAACUUUUUUUUUUUCAAAGUAAAGGAGGUCAUUUACAUAGUGUUUUGGUGCAUUUGUUGUUUAGUUCUAAUAUGUAAUAUACAAUCAUGAAUGACUUCUUUCUUCAUCUGUAAUGUAUUACUUGAAGAAUAGAUGUCAGAGAAGUUAGGAUUGCAUCAUAGAUAAGCUCAGGCAUAUGAGAAUGUAAUGCCUUAUUUUUUUCCUGUCCUGUACCAGUAGAUGUGGGCACUACUCACUGGGUAGGUAGAAGUGCAUAAAUUUGUGUUUGGGUAUUUAACAUAAAUUUAUGUAACAUAAAUCUUCCUAGAAAAGUAAUGUUUUAUUCUGUCAGCCCUCGCUAUCUGCCAUGUUUAUUAUUAGCUCGGAAUAACCUACAUGUACUGUUUAGAAAUAGCAAUAAAUUCCUCCUGCAUCUCUGGAGUAAUCCCACAGAUGUACAACAGACAAUGCUGACCUUCCUGCAGCCAUUCUGAAACAAUUUUAAAAGUCUGUAUGGGAAUGUUAUUCACUGGUGGGGACUACAGGUUGCAACAGUUCUUUAUUUUAGUCCCAUGGGCAUUCUGUCAAGUUGAAAAUAUGAAAUUCUGUAGAUUUUCUUUUCAGGAAAAUAGUCUUUCAAGAACUCACCUCAGCAUUUUAAUCCCACUUGGGUUCUAAAUUGACAUCCUCACUAUCACGUUACUUUUAUAUAGGAGAUGUUUACCACAUUGAAGCCACAUUUUUGGAGGAAAAAAAAAAUGGCAGGGGAUUACUGCCCUUUUUAACAGCAACGCCCAUUAUGUUCUUGUGAAAUUAAAUAAUCUGGUUUUCAUUAAAGAUAAAUAAAAAACAAAACAAAACAAAACAACCCCCAUCAAUGUACUGCAGAGAAACUUCAUUCGCUUUGGGCCAUUGCAGAAAAGCAGGCUUAGGUUUUUGUGCUAAAUAAGGCUGAACUUUUUCAAGGCAGUAUUUUUAUUGGAAUAUGUAGGUCACCAGUCUCUUGUAAUGCCUAUUGACAUGUUUCCAAGUCUCCUAGAAGAGCCUUGUUGCUUCUGUACUGAAACAAGUUCAAAUGUUUCCUGAUUUGGUCAUUGCCUGUGGUGGUUUACUGCAGUAGUAGUCUACACAGACAAGGGACGGGCCAUCAAAUCUGAGGUGUCAACUGAGCGUGGAUCCAAAACUAGUGGGUUUUAUGGUUCACCUCUUAUGAAAAAACAAAGAGGUUUUUGCUGCAGGUAGAUAGUUACAUUGCUUGGAAGCAAUGCAGAAGCUGCUUCAAGCCCUGAGCAUUGUUUGAUGCCUAGCAGAGCUAAAUCGUCUCUGAGGUCUUACACAUAUCCUUGUAAUUCACUGUCAGUAGCAGAGGAACAAAAUCAAGCAAAUUAAUUUGGAUAAAGCUACACCAUUUGUUCUGCAAAAUGUUAAGGGAAGCAUACUGAUUUUGGUGGUGGAUUCACAGAAAAUGUUCCAUAUCUGCUCUAUCAAAACUUUUGUAAGGUAUAAAAUAAUCUGUUUUGAGGAGAAGGCAGUUCUCAAGGGCUAGAAGAGGAACAUUCAAAAUGACACCUGGCACCUCAAGCCAAAUCAUGUCGUACACACAGAAGGUAUUAUUUGUAGAAAUGAGGUCAUUAGGAUCUGCCUUGAGGAAUCCUGAAGUAAGGGUUUCUAGCUUUAAAUAUUUCUGUAACGCAUUACAUGCUUAUCUGAGGGUUUUAUACCACAGACUAGUGUUUAAAUAGAGAGGUAGUAUAAAAUGCCUAAAAAAGUAAGCAAAUGGAAGUUAAAGUAAUUUUUUCUUGGAGAUAAUUGCAAUACUGUUAAAAUGCAUAACAUGCAUAGACCUCACACUAUUAAGCAGGUAGGGUUUUUUUUUUUUUCCUGAAAACUACUUUUGGGGAAUUUAAACCAUAUUCUUGUUAGUGUUUAUACUUUGGCUUUUAUGGAUGAAUUAGGAAGCAGAAAUUAUGUUAUCUGGGUUUUGUCUGUGAAGUAGUGUAUUUUGAUGGAAUACAAACAGUGUGUGUGCUAUAAAGAAGACAUCAUUUAGGAGGACAGCUGAAAGAAAAUAUUAACUGACAAAGAGCCAUAAUGAAGUCUUUUGCACUGUUAAUUUUUGUACAGUCUGAAUUUUGGCAUUACAUAAUUGAAAUAAGGAAAUUAACAAACACUUUCUGCAUUUAAAUUGAUCAGUCCUGGUGAAAAUUCACUUAUUUGCAGUGAAAUAAAUUGUAAUGGUAUUCUAAAUCAUCACUAGUAAUAUAGGUGUAAAGAAGUGCAACAUAUCAUUUUGAAGCCCACUGCAUAAUAUGCCUAUUAAGAGCUUCAGCAAAAUAAGCUGAUUUUUAUUUCUAGUUUAAACACAAGUUCCAGGAAAUCCUAUGGUCUGCUUAUAAAAAGCAUAAAAUGCACUGAACAUUAACUCGUCUAAUAAAGAAAGAAAUAGCAUUAAAAACCAUGCAGCAAAAUUACUUAUGUCAAUUAAUGUAUAUAAUCAGUUAACAGUCUUAGACAUAUAUUCUAAACUUGGCUAUAUUGUAAACCUGAAACCAUUGGUAUCUAUAUUUAUGUUGAGGUUUUUUAUUGUAAAGAAGCAUGCUGUAUAGGCAAUGCCAUGAGACAUGAAUUUGCGUCUUUUCAGUUAUUUGUAGCUUAGAAGCAGAUUUUUACAGUUGAAGUGCUUUAAAAUAAUUUACUGUUUUUCAAAACACAAACUUACCAUGUAAAUUUCAUGUUUAAAAAACAAUAACACACAAAUGCUUUUUUCCAAAGCAAAAAUUCUGAGUUUAAUACAUUGCUUUUUUCCUUAGUCAUGCAGCACAUCGACUGUUGUCUUGCCAGAGCAUUCAGCUUACACUCUGCAGCACUCAGACAUUUAUUUGCUUCCUCUCAUAACAUCUGCUGAAUAAGUAAUAUAACAACAGUGAAUUUCAGCAUGAUACUCAUGAUCCAAGAUUAAAAACUUGUAUUUGCUCAACUAAAUGUGGAACUUAAUACUUCAGAAUAAAAAUGGAGGACACAUGUUAACCAAUGUAUCUGUAUUCCAAAGAGCUGAAACAUAAAGCAUGGGGUGUGCAUGCUGGUGGGCAAAAAGAGUUCUGGUAGCAAUGAGAUCUGGGAAUCUAUGGGGUUUGCAGUGGUGGGAUUUGGACCAUAAUGCUCUUUUGUAUAUCUCAGUUGGAAGUAGUGUUUUGUAUUCUUGCCAUGCAUACAAAGUGUUAUAAAAGUUUUCAGCACUUCAGUUUUGUAUUUGAAUGGUUUACCUUGGAAAUUUCUAAAAUCCCCAAUUACUCUGGUACUUGUGUUAAUUUUGUGUAGCUGUUCCUUGUAACGCUUCUGUCUCACAUUCUGGAGCACAUGGUGUAUAAGUAGCAUUAGCAGUCCAUAGUGUGUGUUCAUUCAGAGAAAUUAAGCACAACUAUAGCAAUUCAACUUUUUAGGUUUCGGGAUUUAGCAUUUUUGUUUCAUUGCUGUCUGUAAGCCACGUCCAUUGUACACUGUGUGUAUAUUUUUAUUUAAAUAAAUGUGAUGUUUAUUUUUUA